AGUCAACUGGGCCCAAGCGUUCUGGCAGCUUCCACCGCUCACCUGUUGUUAUCCCCUGCAUCCAACUGCCUGCGAGCAUGUCUUUCACGGCUGCCGAGAUCGCCGACUUCGCCCGCGCCCUUCCAGACGGUGCUUUGAAUGGCGCGAGCAUCGAGGCCCGCAUUGAAUGGUGCGAGUUCCUCUUGUCUGUCGACGAGGCACCAAAAGCACACCACGACUUGUUCUGGUUUCUCUCUGUGGGGAGGCUGCUGGCGGAGAAAAUGUCUUCUCUGUCGCCAAUUGACUUUGGCGAGCCGUGCAUGAAAGACUUCAUUGGCACCGUUGUGAGACCUGGCGAGAAGCCAUGCACGGACGAAAGCGAGUCAGCAACCUUCAAGGCGUGGGUCGUUCAGCCAGCGCAGGUUGCUUUUGCGCACCGUGUCCAUCGGAAAUGCACGGCCGUGGUGCCAGUGGCGCCCACGCCAGAGAGCACCCUCGCCGGGACCAUGAAGGAGUAUCUCGAGGCACAAGCUGCGACUCAGAAGCUUUCGGCCAAGGCCUUGUCGUUCAAACUCGCUGAGAGGGUCCGCGAGUUGGGGCUGGCCGAUUUCCCGAAAGACGCUCUUCCCUCAGAGGAGACCCUGGCUAUCUUCGAGGCCGCAGGCCGCGUGGCCAGGGAGAAAAGCAGGCUCUACGUCGGCAGCGCCGACGGUGAGGACUUGCAGAAAAACUUCCGGCCAGCGUGGUCCAGAGUGCCUCGUGUUGAUGUGCCUGCUGGCGAGGGUUCUUUGCCGGAGCGGCAGCGCCAGAUGGCCGAGUUCAAGCGCGCCCGGGCUGCGAGUGAGCUCGAUUGGCCAGGGUACGCCACUUUCCACGCCCACGUCAUGGACUGGGGCGUAAAACUCAUUUUAAUGAAGACUGCGACGCCCGUGGAGAUUCUGGGUUACAGUGUGCUGCUUGCUAAGGUAGCGGAAGAGCAGGGAGGCGUUCGCACGGCCUACCAAUACGACCUCUUGGCGCGCACCACCAUGGCCAAGGCUCUGGAGGCUGGCGAUCCCUCGUGGAACGUUUAUUUCACGAAGAUCGACCGUGACAUCGCCAAGGAGGCCAAGGAUAAGAUCAUGGCCAAGUUUGGCGAGGUCGCGAGGUUCACGUACGGCAAGGGCGGCAGCGGCAAGAGCAAGCAGGGGAAGGCAGACGGGCACAAGAGCGGCGGCGAGUCAAGCGCAGGCAGUGGCGCCAAGCCGCCCGGCACCUCGGGCAGGUCGCUGUCGCCAGUGGCGCCCCCGCGCUCUCGCAGCCCGUGGCCGCGGAAGCAGCAGGACAGCUGGCACCAGGGAGGCUGGCAGCAGAAGGGCUGGCAGCAAAGGAAGAAGUGAGCCAUUUCGAAUCGCCCCUAAAUCGUGCAGCGGUUUGGGGGGCAGGAAAAUCUCCAGGGCAACGCGGCUCUUGCCUCCUUUCCUCUUGGCUUCUUGGCCUUUCCUGUCCUUGGCUCACUGCCUGGCAGUGCCUCCGCGGCGCGGCGGAUCCUCGCAUCUCACGGCCGGUGGCCUCGCAGAGGCUGGCGUACUUCGCAGUGCCUCCGCGGCGCGGCGGAUCCUCGCAUCUCACAGCCGGUGGCCUCGCAGAGGCUGGCGUACUUCGCGUGGGGCUGCCACGUUGUCCUCCCGUCCUCUUCCUUUGUUGGUUGGUUGAUUGGCACGCUGCCCCGGCCGUGCUCGGCGCUGGAGUGCGGUAGCGAGUUGUGGGGCGCUGUCCUUCCCAGCAGGUGCCAAAAAACGAGGUUGCCGCCUUCGCCCGUGCCCUGCGGAACGGGGCGAUAGUCGUGCAGUUUCCCACCCUCGUCCACCCUUCUUGGGUCGCCGUUCUGGGUCGGCGCUUCUGCCAGUGGGGCCCUUGGAGUUUCCAGUCGGGGCCCGUCUGGCGGCGCCUUGCUCCCCAUUUGCCAAACGGUGGCGCGGGAGCGUCGACCCAGCAUAGCGUGCCUGCAGAGAUUUUCCUCAGGCGGGUGGCGCGGGCUGUCUGCCUUCGCUUACGCCUCUGCGAGGGCUCGCGGCGGAAUAGCUGCUGCGGAGUUCCUCAUCGAGCACUCAGAGUCAUCGGACGCUGCCGAGUA